AUGGCUCAUCCAUACCUCGACUAUGAGGUCCAUUCCAACUACAUCAACGUCGGCGCCGGCGACGGCUGCAUUCACUUCUUGAUGAACAAGAAGAAAAUUGAAAGGGCAAUAAUAAUCGAUGGCGGUGACGACGACGCAAAACAAGCCACCUUCCAAUCUUUCAAAGCGUUGAGGGACGCCUAUAAGAAGCUGGACCCAAGCAAUGCAGACUUCAAGCUCGAUACCAUCGUCAUCACGCACUGGGAUGGUGACCAUUAUCGUGCCUUGACCAGCGUCUUAUAUGAUGAUUUCGUGGACCACAACGAGGAGUCGACACUGAUUGGCGAAAAUGCCGUCUUCUAUUGUCCCUGGACAGCCAUGGGCAAGAUUCAGAAUACAAGAUGGAGGGUCGAUAACGAGACUCUUUAUUUCCUUGUCGGUUCCAUCUGGCAUGAGAUAUGCCCUGCCGUCACAAGCACAAACUGUCUCGGAUAUGACCUCUUCACCAAUAAGCCCGUGUACGGUAAGCCAUCAAAGAAGUGGACGAGUAUUGCGUCCCUCACAGAUGUGUACAAAUUGAGUACCCUCAAGAAGCUCGAGAGGCCCAUAUUCCUUGUUGUCGGGGUUGACGACUACUUCAUUAACGAGAGCCCUUGGACUGCGCCUGUCAAGAGCUGGAUAGCUGCUAACAAAGGAGCGCGUGUGAUUAACGGGGCGUCACUGAUGGCCACGGUCAUCUGGCCGAGCGCCAUAGGCGAGUAUCGUGUGUCUCUCUAUACCGGCGGUGAUGCUGAAGAAGCGUGCGAGAGGUGCCUCCUGGAGUGGAUGGAAAGGGGUCGCAACCUGCUAAAGAAGGAGGUUCGGCUUGAUGUGGUCAAGAUGGGCCAUCAUGGCUCUCACUUUGCGCUCCCGGAGAACAUAGUCAAGUUCCAGAACAAGGCCUUCGUUGUAUCAGCUGGCUCAAGGCAUGGACAUCCCAGCUAUUCUGUGCUCUUUUACCUUCUCGGUAUUGCCGACAUGAUGAAGAAGGCCGACAAGGCCACAAAGCUCAGCCCGUUUCGAAUUUACGGCACAAGGAAGCCUUACUGGAUGGACAUGGGCGCCGACGAGUUGAGCAGAGUUCAUUUGAAUGUCAACACCAUCUUGAGCUAUACCGGCGGUACAGCCGUCGUGUGGAACUCCAUGCUAGAUGUUCUCAAGUUCACAAAGAACGGUCAAGGUGAUCAGGCGGCGCUCCGGGAGGAACUCAACAAGAUGCUCCAAAAUGCCGUGGGUGAAAGCAUGCGGCAUAUGAAGAACCUCUUCUGGCUCAAGAAUGCGGGAGAUCUCAGUGGGCUGGCAACUAUUGCAGACGGAGAUACGAUUCUCAACCAAUACAAGGGCUGGAAACCGCCGAAGAAAAGCGUCAUUCUCGACCCCGAGGGAGAAUACGCUGAGGCUGUGAAUGCUGCGCAGCAAAGGAUACAACAGCAGUGGGCGGAGCAUAAAUGCGAACCCGGUUCUGGAGAUGCAGACAUCCGCUUUGUGGCGAUCAAGGCUACAAGCUAUGGUGUUGAGUGCAAAACCGUCGAGCGAAAAGCCAAGGCAAUCUGGGAUGGCGUUGUCAAAACCGCAGCUAGAUCUGGCGCUUCCUCCCUGCCACUGGCAGCUGAUGCUCACAAAUUCGGAGGCAACCAGAAAGUUUUCAUCAAGAACAAGUUUCUCGGCCUUGUGUCUGCUACGGCAGUUACUGAUGAUGUGAUUGAAGAGUGGACUCAUGGACUUCUCUUUAACGACAUCAAGAAAGCCCAGGACCAACCUGGCAGCAAUUUCCCCAAGACAGGCCGCUUUGACCGGCAUGAGCUACUGGGCAACUCCUCGGAUGUAGCACUCUGGCUGAACCAGUGUUUUCCCAAUGCUGUCACAUUGAAAGUCAGCGGAUCAACUGAUGAGGCUGAGAAGAUAGUCCUGGAUAUGAUGGACAUCCUCAUCUCCCCAAGGUUUCAGGGUACAGGCACGCCUUCUUCCGAGCCAAUACAUCUCGCCUUCACGACGGAUCAACAGAUGCGAAGCAUCCAGUUUGGCCAAGUAGCCACCUCCCUGCCACAGACGAUCCACGGAUAUGAUAGACGUCUACAGGGUUUUCUUUUCGCCUUGGACAAUGCCCAGACGAGCGGCAACAUGACUCUAGCGCAGUUUUCGGAGCUCAUCAACUUUCCUCUCCCUCCUCUCGUGAAGGGCAUUCUUUCUAUGGUCAAGCUUCGUCCCGCACCUGCGCGUUCAGCCUCUGGAACAGAGGAAUACGGUGGGCCCGACUGUCGCUCCGGCAUAUGGUUCAUGCCAUGUCACGAUCUACGAGUCAUCUUCCGGAUGGCCAUGGAGCUGGAUCAUGGUGAGAGUUCCGAAGUGAGCGCUUCUGCGAGUACUUCUGCCGUUGAGAAACUAUUGGAAGAGAGUGGGUUCGCAUGCACCGUCUCAGAUGUCCUCAUCACCGGCACAAGUGUGUCUGAAGCUCUGUUGGCUGAGCACAAGAGGACGCGAUCAGUUCUCGGCUUCCAGGCAAAGUUGACAAUCAACACGAGCAAACAAGUCUCGGCCUCCCAAACUCCGCUCAGUGGAGUUUCCGUCGCUGCGGGCAUCACUUUUACGGACCGCGGCUUUGAGGUCAAGCUUGUUAUGCAUGAUAAGACAUUCGAUAUAUUGUCAGCAUUGCUUCAGUGGUGUCAGAGUCUUAUUACUCAGGGAUCUGAUGACCACAAUGACGUGUCGUCCUUUGACACAGCGACAGACGAUAUCGUGAGCUCAGUGAAAGACGCCUUUGACACGAUCUUCAAACAUGUCAACAUUCGCAGCGUCGUCAUCGGUUUCGAAGGCGAAUCUGAUGCUGGGACUUCAUCGCCAGGUCGCAUGCCUAAGCCCUCUUACUUUACCAUCAACAUCGAAACCACGUUUCUUCAGAACGACAAGGUGCCAUUUCUGACCUCUUUGAGCUGGUCUCAAGGGGUAUACUCUCUUUCGUGCAAACUUUGGCAUCAUUCCUCUACUUUCGACGUAGGUGGAACUCCGCUCGCAAUCCAGCCUUACAGCGACUUGGGCAAUUUGUCGGACAUCAACCCAAUGACCAAGGGCUGCAUUGGUUCGCUGUCAAUAAAAGAUCUUAUCGGUAAGCCUGACCUCGUGCUCCCAAGUGGCAUUCCCUCCACUGUUAGCGAGGCUCGCCUCGAUAUGAGUUUUGGCGGUGGGCGAAAGACGAUUUUUCUCGAAGGGGCUGUCGAAUGUCUGCCUGAGAUCCCUGAAAGGGGCAGUCUUCCUCCGGUAUUUCGCUUCAGUCAGCUUCAUGCUGCUCUAAAUAUGACUUUUGCUUCCGGCGGAACCGACUUUGACCUUGCGUUCGAUGCCGUGACCGAGGUUCGACUGCCCAAGAAUUACAAACCAGAUGAGUCUCAUGGGGCUGUGGACGAUGUCAUUGCCAUUGAGACCAGGGUUGAGUACAACAAGGAGCGCUCGGAUUCGUCGUGGACUAUAGCUGGAAAGGUCAAGAAUCUCAAGAUGGCACACCUUUACGAUUUGUUUGCAGCUGAUGGUUCCAAUGACGCCAUCAGAGAUCUCAUGGGCGGAAUACACCUUGACUACGUAUUCAUCAGCUAUGAAUAUCACAAAGAGUAUCCGGGCAAGUUCGAGCUUGACGGCAUCAUAGUUCUUGGCAGCCCAAACAAUGGUCUUGAGUUGAAGCUCGAAUACACACACAUCGGCAAGUCUCAGAAAGGCGAAGAGCAAGAAGACAGCAGAUGGUUCUUCAGAGCUGGUGCCAUGGCUGCUAUGGACAAAGAAGGCCCUACUCCCAAAGAUAGGACGUUCAAGAUUGCCACACUUCUCGAGGGUCUGGUGGACGAUGUCGAUGACCUUCCGGAAAUUGUACACAGCAUGGAAAUCCCCUUGUCGGCCUUGGAAGCCAAUCUUGCCUGCAGCCGCGUUCCUGGAGCAGAAAAGGGCGAAAACCACGCCGUAUUCGCGCUUACAAUCACUGUAACUACACAGAGUGGCAAGUUUGCUGUCACUCUGGCGCAGAUUCGCUCAUUUGGUGGAAACAAGAACAAAGACGAAUCGAAGCCUUUGCCAGGAAGGCUCCUCCGCUUCUCCUUGUCCAACUUGAACAGUAUCCAGGUACCGGUAGUUGGCAACGGUAAGCCGCCGUUCGAUCAGGUCGGAGUCGUGUGGACGAAUCGCGACAUAACGCCCGCUGAGAUUGCAGUACUCAACGAGCAGGUGUUUACAAAUGACCCGUUGCUGGUGAAGACGCCUGCCGGUGACGCCGGAGCAGAUGCUGGUGACAAAGGUCUCCUUCUUAAGGGCUUUCACUUCCAAGUUGCGCUGCUCGAAGGAUCCCGUCCGAACCUGAUUUUGGACCAUGUUGUUGGCGGCAAGGUAAAAGAACCCAAGAAGAACAUGGCUCUUACCGCUGUCGGAGAAGCAGCCGCGGCUCCCUCGAGCAAGGACAAAACAGUUGCUCCCAUGGCCAAGACCUUUGGUCCUCUCACGGUUCGCAAUAUCGGGCUUUCUGUGUCAGGGAAGAGAUACAGCACAAUCAGUCUGUUCCUGGAUGCCACCGUUCAACUUGGGCCACUCUCGUUCGCCUUGCUGGGGUUCACCAUCACCCUUGACCUCAGCGUUCUCACCAACCCAGAUAAACUGGCCUCAAUCAUCACAAAGGUCGGCAUCCAUGGCAUGGCUGUCGCAUAUGACAGACCGCCCACCAGAAUUGCGGGUAUGGUGAGUGAGUUUGACGAUCCGGGCAUCUCCAAAGGCUUCCAAGGCGCCAUUGCCGUCAGCCUCAGCACAUGGUCAGCUCUAGCCGGCGGCAGAUACGAGGAGUUAUACCCGAAAUUCACCACCAAAUCCUUUUCUCUCUUUGGCAUGGUUCAAGGACCAAUUGCUGAAUUUGGUGCUGCCGAAAUCAACGGCUUGACCGGCGGCUUUGGAUAUAAUUCGCGGCUCCAGAUACCUGCAGAUGCGUCUGGAGUUGCCAACUUUCCGUUCAUUGCCCUCAACAGGAGCGGCUCUCAAGGAGGCUCAGCGAUGGAGCAGAUGAAUCUCAUCUUGGACGGAGGAGCCAGAAACGUCAUUUCGCCUGCCAGGGAAGCGAUGUGGUUUGUAGCUGGCAUAGGCAUCAAAGCAUUCCAGACAUUUGAGGGGCAGGCAAUCUUCGCCUUGACACUCGACGAACAUCCCAAAUUUGCUGUCCUAGCUACCGCUACAGCCGUCUUCCCAAAGCCCCCUAAAGGGAUCUCGUCCUCGGAUGAUCCCUUUAAAGGCGCGUUUGCCGUUGUUGACAUCGCUAUGUCAUGUGUCAUCGACCCCUUUCAUGGAACCGUUAUCGCGACCGGCGAACUAACGCCCAUAUCCUUCGUCAUGGACAAAGAGUGUAAGCUGACAGGCUCCUUCGCAUUGGCCUACUUCCUGCCCAACUCUCCCUACGAUGGCGAUUUCGUCUUCUCCGUCGGCGGCUACCAUCGAGACUUUGAAAAGCCAUCGCACUACCCGGACGUCAAGUACCGCGUCGGCAUCGCGUGGAACUUUGACAAACAUUUGUCCAUCAAGGGAGAGUCGUAUUUCGCCAUCACGCCUCAUGCAGUCAUGGGGGGCGGCAGACUCGACAUGAUUUUUGACAAAAGAUUUCUGGGCGAUAAGCUUUGGGUAAACAUUACCUUCACAGCAUACGCAGAUUUCCUCAUGAAGUUUCACCCGUUUUACUUCCAACUCGACGUCACCGUGGUGUUCUCGGCACGCGGAUCAAUCGACCUUUGGCUUUAUACUCAGAAUCUUGGGCCCUUGUCUCUGACUGCCAGCCUGUCAUUAUGGGGACCGCCAUUAGCUGGCAUAGCAAAGUUGAGUUUGUGGACGUACAAGAUCGAGGUCGCCUUUGGCCCAAGUCUCUCCAAGCCGAGGCCCUUGAACCUGGAACAAUUUGUGCGAAUAGCGAAGAAUCUUCCAGCCGAGGAGUCUGGCAGCGCAAAGAAUGUGCCGAACCAUAUUGUGAGCGUAAUUGCUGGCAAGGUGAAGGCAGGUGAAGGUGCAAACACGGGGCCUAUCGAGAUCUCUGCAGCCGGUGUUCUCGUCCAAGUGCAAUCCAGAAUACCUGUCCUCAGUUCUGAAAUAAGCGGCUAUGCAGAACCUAGAAUGAGCACCGUCAAGAACAGCAAGGGUGAAGACGUUACGCCAAGAAUACUUGCCAGACCAAUGCUGCUGGAGCAGCCGUUCAAGCAGUCGCUUCUAAGGGUCACUUUACGACGGAGCAACAGCAGCGAUACCAUCGAUUUGGACGCGAAUCCCCUCAUUCAGAGCCUACCGCCGGCACUCUGGGGAGAGAAUAUCGAGACACCAAAUCUGGCUUCUCUCAAGGCACCGAUGAUUCCACAUGUGGUUGGCUACACUGUGUCGCUACGUCCAAAGUCAGACCGCUCCGAGGACAUCCCCGCUGUCUCGGUGACCGAGUUCAACGCGGUCGACGUUGGAAAGGACCCGGCUUAUCAUGUCCCGCCCAUCAAGCGAGCGACGCCUUUCGAAGAUGAUGAAAGCUUCCGACUGGCCGGUGAUGCAGCCACAAAAGUUGAGAAUGAUGGAGACGAGGAGGAGCUGAAGGAGAAGAAAGCUAAGAGAAGGAAGAAGAGGGAUGCUUUUGCCGCGUGGGAUCGAUUCAAGAGGGAGUGUUCCGGCGGUGGCCUCGCAAAAGAGGUGCAGCUGGGCAAAAUAUUCUCAGCUACUCAGCGAGUAGCAACAUAG